GAGAGAAAAGGCUGCCACGUCACACCAUAUAGCUUCUCCAUCCAAUCCAAAAGCAAAGUUUCCAAUUUUUCUUCCCAACAUAAAUACACACAUGCAUUUAAACCCCAUUGCGUUUAGAUUCUGCUGCCUUUGGUUGGAUUUUGUUUCAUUUUUUGCCCAGAGGCUCUUUUGUGAAGAUUUGAUCUCAUAGAGAGAGUGAGGGAGAGAUGGGGAAUUCAUUUGGGUGCUCGGUGUCUGGUGAGAGGUUGGUGUCGGCGGCGAGAGACGGCGAUUUGGUUGAGGCAAAGAUGCUUCUAGAAUGCAACCCUGGUCUUGCAAAGUACUCCACUUUUGGGGGUCUCAAUUCGCCUCUUCAUUUUGCAGCUUCUAAAGGCCAUAAUGAGAUUGUGGCAUUGCUGCUUGAAAAUGGAGCUGAUGUGAGUUCAAGAAAUUAUUGUGGGCAGACGACAUUGAUGCAAGCUUGUAGAUAUGGUCAUUGGGAAGUUGUACAAACUCUUCUGCUCUUCAGAUGUAAUGUUAUGAAAGCAGAUUAUCUCAGUGGGAGGACAGCUCUACACUUUGCAGCAAUCAAUGGACAUGCAAGAUGCAUCAGACUUGUUGUUGCAGAUUUUGUUCCAAGUGCUCCUUUUGAAUCUUUACAUGCUCGCAUGGACGGAGAAAUUGAUGGAUCAAAUGUGAAAAACACACAUGAACAAAGGUGUGCCUUUUCUUUUCAUUAUCUUAUAUUUAGAACGGUAUUUUACCAGUGCAGUGAAUUUCACAUGUGAUAUUUUCACCAUUGGUGACAUGCUUGUAUUAAAAUGUUCUUAUAUUAAUGUCACAAUCUUAUUAGCAUUUAUAGACAUUUACCUAUUAUGUUGUAUGGUGCACUAUUUAUGUGUUAGAUAAGAAUAUUAGUCGUGAGAGCUAUGAUUAACUUUUUUACUUAUCCCAACA